AUAUACAUAUGGUCUUGGUCACAUCCAAACCAUAUCUUUUUUAUUCGAUCCAUGCAUUCCAUUUGCCAAGGUAGUGAAAAAAAAAGAAGACGUUUACGAAAACAAACUCUGGUAUGGCCCAUUUACUAACUACUCGAGGGCAAUAUUUAUGCUACGUAUGGAUGACACUUUUGUUGAAAGCAGUAAAUGCAGCUGAUGAAGUUUCUAGUAGCAGAGAGGAUGUCUAUGAUUUCCUGAUGAGCAGCAUCGAACACAUGAUCGGCACCACAGGGCCGUGCUCGUGGCUGGGACCGUCCCACCAGGUGCUGCACUACACCGUCAACUGCGUCGACUGCUGGUGUGACCAGCAGCUGGGCCGCUACCAGUGUCACGAGGCGCGCCAGUGCGACACCAGCCUGUGGCCCGUCAAACGGCCCCUCAUCACCUGAUGACGCCCGACCCGGGAGGGGUCAGAGCGACAGCCAUCUCCCAGCACGAGGAUCUCAGAUCAGCGCCAGCUCACAGCUAACGACUGUUGGUAUUGGAAUCAAUAGCCCGAGCAAGUGCGGCUUUUGCGCAGCGCCAAUGCGUGGUAUGUGUGUUAAUGUGUGUGUGUGGGAGAGGGAGGGGGAGAGGGAUGUGCCCGUUAUUAGUUCUCAUCGACAAAAUAUAUCAUGCUAUUUGAACAUCUAGUUUGAUUUUAUGAUUACGAAUACCUUGUGAU